CCUACGGGGACUUCCGUGAAGGUUAAAAACGCAAAAGGAUUCUGCCAUUCCCCCCGCUCCCAUCACCUUUCUCCGCCUACGCACCAUGUCCAAGCUCACUCCAUUCGAGAACGCAACAGCCGGGGCGCUUGGCGCCUUGUCCGCAAACACCGCAGUCUUCCCGCUCGAUGUAAUAAAAACUCGUCUUCAAGUGCAAACUCGCGAGCUAAAGAGCCUCAACCCUGACCGUCACUAUGAUUCCACAUUGGAUGCAUUUUUGAAGAUUUUGAGCACUGAAGGAAUUCAGGGACUGUAUGCUGGACUCGGCGCCGGCUUGUUUGGAACCGUAGCAAGCUCCUUUUCCUACUUUUACUUUUACUCGUACGUUCGUGGAACAUACCAGCGAAAAGUGCCGGGGGAGAUUUCGACUGGAAUGGAACUUAUCCUGGGAGCCGUUGCGGGAGCUAUGAGCCAAAUUUGCACGUUGCCGGUUGCCGUCGUAACAACGAGGCAACAAACCUCAUCAAAGGAGGAGCAGCUCCCUUUUCUUGCCACCAUGCGGAAAAUUAUCGAGGAGGAAGGUCUCGGAGGACUGUGGCGAGGAUUACAGGCGUCCUUGGUCCUUUGCGUAAACCCAGCCAUUACCUACGGGAUGUUUGAGAGGUUAAAGACAUUGUAUCUUCGACGUGCGGGCAACGUCUCCGACCGCCUUUCACCUGGUCAAACAUUCAUCAUUGGUGCUCUCUCGAAGGCGCUGGCGACGAUUGUUACAUACCCCUACAUCAUGGCCAAGGUGCGCAUGCAAUGGAAGCCACCAAAGGACGUGGGCGGCUUGUCGGCGAAGGACAAGGAGAACAUUACCUACAAAAGUUCGGUCGAUAUCUUACAAAAGGUGCUUGCUAGAGAAGGUUUGGCAGGAUGGUACAAGGGCCUGCAACCGCAAAUUGUUAAGGCUGUCCUAUGCCAGGCUAUUCUGUUUGUCUGCAAGGAUCAGUUUGGCACAUUGACGUUAUUCUUGCUUUCAUUUUUGACAAAAGCAAAGAAUGGCAGCGUGAAGAGCCUAAAUUAGUUUUGAUGUACCUGAUAGUAAUAAAGCAUGCAUAUAUUUGAAGUUGUAGGAGUAGUCGACAGUAAGAUAGGGAAUGGUGGUAACAAGGGACUCAUGUAUUUAGCCUGCACUCGAUACCGGGUCACCAUACACAAUUACUUUGUGAACCGA